AUGAGCCACCCAACACAUCCCGCGACAGUGCACUUCCCCAUCACAACCACCCUACUCACGGGUGGUCUGGAUGCGGUAUACUUCCUCUCGAAGUAUGCACCGACGUCCGGCGCUGUGGCCUCGGCCUUCAAAACCCUAGACAUCGCCAUAAACCCGACCAUUUUCCCCCUCCUAUCCUACUACACCACUCUCCUCACCCUCAUCUUCUCCGCGCCCGCCGUCGCCACCGGCAUGUACGAGUUCAUCCCCCUUGUCAAACGCGACGGCUUGAAGUCGAAGAAGGCACAGGUCGGUGCGCUACACGCUGUCAUCAACGACGUAACGGUGAUUGGUGCGGCCUUCAACUGGUGGACGCGCAGGAGCAACCCCGGCAUGGUGCCGAGUGACACAAAUAUCUUGAUCAGCAGUGUCAUUGCCCUGCCGGCUACCAUGUUCGCGGCGUACUUGGGUGGCAGUCUGGUGUACGUAUAUGGUAUGGGCUUCAGGGGUGGACAGGCAAAGGCGAAGAAGGCGCAAUAG